UGCGAUCACACCUGGUGGGUUGAUUUGAUGUCAUACGUUGCCAUGGAAAUAAGCAAAACAAAGAAACAGAGAUCUAGAACGCGCAGAGUCGAGCUUAGAAGGUGGUGAGAGCGAAGGCAGUGAGAUUUCGGUGAAGAAUCAGACAAAAGUCUCACAGAAUUUCCCGUUUUUCAUCAUUUUUCGCUUCGUACAAUAUCAGGAUAGAUCAUUAUAUCAGCGGGCUGUAUAUUCAUCAUGAUUAGAUGUACUCCGAAUUCACGGACUAACUAACGGCGUCUUCAGUAGCUGUUCAACCGAUCAUCAAUCACAGCGACGAAACGAAGAUGUGCUGAUUUUUCAAAUCGAGACCUCGAUCAUUUUUGAAUAUUUUGUGGAUAACGCGUGACUUUUAAGACCAGAAUGGGUAACGGAACGUCCUUUGAGAACACUAAGACAAUCUAUCUCGAUGUCAAUGGGAAGUCCGAGAAGAUUGCCUUCAGCAACUACUGCGGAUCUCGUGACAUAAGCGACCUUAUUGCGCAUGUGGCAGGAUGCAGCAGAUUUUCCGCAAUAACUUUGAAGAACUCGGAUGGCGCCCUGGUAACGCUGGCACCGACCAUGCCCAAAAAUACACAAUCGUCACCAUAUAAGGUGAUUGUGAAGGACGAUAGACAGUUCUUUGGAGAUAAUGAAGUAUUUACAAGCGUUGUCAACCAAGUUGCAGAACAGUUUAACAGGUUGAGGGGACCAGGCGAUAGGUCGUCGAAGGUGGAUGAGAUGAAGGUUGAGAUCAGUGCCCGGUUGGCCGCUCUGGAGAAACGGCUCGAGAGCCGCCGGAAGAAGCUCCAAAUGGUACCGGUCAUCAGGGCGAGGGGAGAAGGUUUGAAAUCAAUCGAGUUCGACAAGUGCAAGCGAGACAUCUCUGACAUCAAGGACCAGAUGUACCAAGCACAACGAAAGUUUAUCAACUUCAACAAUCGCAUCAGCGACGGCUCGCUCGAAGAAGAGGAAGCCAAGAAAGGAAAGUUACUUAAACGAAUUCCAGAUUACCAAAAGUACACAUUAUCUCCGGAAACUAUCGAUUACCUCAAGAAGCCGACCUUUGACAUAUGGCAUUGGGAGCCAAAUGAGAUGUUAAGCCUGCUGGAACACAUGUAUCACGAGCUUGGUCUCGUCAACGAAUUCAGCAUCAAUCCCAUCACACUAAAACGAUGGCUGCUCUGCGUGCAAGAAAACUACCGCAACAAUCCCUUCCACAACUUCCGUCACUGUUUCUGCGUCUCCCAAAUGAUGUACGGCAUGAUUCAUCUCUGUGAACUCUGGGAGAAAAUGACGAGGGAAGAUCUUGGUGUCCUCCUUACGGCCGCCGUCUGCCACGAUUUAGAUCAUCCCGGCUACAAUAACACGUACCAGAUCAACGCGCGCACAGACUUGGCAAUCCGGUACAAUGACAUAUCACCGCUGGAGAAUCACCAUUGUGCAGUCGCCUUCCAAAUACUACGCAACCCAGAAUGCAAUAUUUUCGGAAAUGUUGAUAAUGAAACUUUCAAGAGAAUUCGAUCGGGUAUGACUAUGUUGAUAUUGGCCACUGAUAUGGCCCGCCAUAGUGAAAUAAUGGAAUGCUUCAAGACCAAGCUUUCUGAAGGCUUCGACUUUCCUAUGAAGGAUCACGUGGAUACGCUGAAGAUGGUCCUAAUCAAGUGUUGUGAUAUCUCUAACGAGGUGCGCCCCAUGGAGGUCUCGGAGCCCUGGGUCGACUGUCUUCUCGAAGAGUACUUCAAUCAGUCAGAUCGCGAGAAGUUGGAGGGUCUUCCGGUCGCCCCGUUCAUGGACAGAGACAAGGUGACCAAGCCAACAGCACAGAUCGGAUUCGUCAAGUUCGUCCUCGUUCCUAUGUUUGAGACAGUCGCGAAGCUCUUCCCACAACUGGGGGACACCAUGGUGAAACAAUUGAAGGAUGCACAGGCUCGUUACGAAGAGAUGAAGAUAGUCGAGGACAAAGAAAAGGAAAAAGUCAAAGAGAUCGAUCUGGUAGGAAAAGUUAACAGAGGAAAAAUAACGAAAUCAUCAUUUCAGAUCGAGAAUUAAAGGUCAUUCGCAUCAGGCGACAUAUUGCUGCUUUGGUUCCAUAAACGAAACAAAUAGUUCUUUCGCAAAGACAUUGCAUUUGGUGGCGCAGCAGUAGAGGAGACCGCCGGCCUGACAGUAUAGAGACGCUACAUGUUCUGAUAAGAGACCUUUACAGUACGGUAUGGCGCUGCUGAUCGGGUGCAUAUGAAUACGAAAUGAAAUAUUCCCGUGGGGUCUCUAUCUCUAACUCACAUACCACGAGAGGAUACGAAAUGCGAGCACAUUCUCCCGGGCUUGUCCGUAAUCUGCAUCGAUUCAUUAACAUGUAGCCAUGGACAGUAUCCAACAGUAGGCCUGGCUGAACAGAUUCUGUUAACUUUAAAGAUACAGACUGUGCUCUGAUGAACACUUGAUUUCUAAGUAUUGCGACAAUACCGUAACAUAUUGCCCGUAUGCACCGAAGCAUCGCCUAUACAUGUACUGAUAACUCUGAUAAAGAAAUGACACCACCUUAACUUCCAAGAUAAAUGUAGAGAAGAAAUCCAGCUGAAGAUUAUGCAAUGUAUGUCACAAUCUUCCUUCAAAGUAAGACAGCUUACUAUACAUAGGCGGAUGAUACUCUGGCUUGCCGUCUCGUUCCUGCAUCGCUUUCGUCGUCACGUUCUCGACUGACUAUCUGCGCAGGAGGAUCCGCUACAGUUUUUGUUGCCGUCACGGUGCCGUUACCGCCAUGCUAUCGUCAAGCUAUCAUCGCGCUCCGGUCAAAAUACCUGUUGCGGAUUUGCAAGAUCUUUGGCGGGGUUCAGCAAUCUUCAGCGACUUGCAUUCCAGCGGACAUGCAGUCUUUCAAAUCAUGCUUGUAGCAUGAUCUUCAUCAAGAUGUAUGUACAUGUCUUUUUGCACAAGUGUUGUCCUGAACCCGCUGUUACAUUUCCUGCUGCCAUACGAUCACGUGAUCAUGGUUUGCCCAGGCAGUACAGACAGGCACAGACCCUCAAUCAAGCUGCUUCAUGUCAUCUUGCCUAAAGCACGGUUUCAUCAAUCUGUGUCUCUACUGUUCCUCCGAGGCUGCCCAUUCGCCAUCCUUUUGAUACUUUCUUCUUGUUAGGGGAGGGACGAGUCCACUGCGUUUUAAGUGUACGUUUCUGACCAUCAUAACUUUAUCCACAUAAUUAAGUGGGUCGAUGAACCUGUGAAUUGGGCAAAAGGCAAAACUAUGGAGCUUUGCCUGACUGGUGUACGAUCUCAAUUUAGUUGUCAAGAAGCCGCCCUCGUUUGGCUUGAUAAAUUGUCCAUUUUUUUUCCCAAGUACAGUGCACACCGUAAAAUGGCAGCUCUGUCAAACUGUGUAUUGUUAUGUAGUAUCCAAUCAGUGUCCCGUCCAUAAUGUAGUCACGUGAUAUAUGACGUAUAAUCAUCAUCACCAUCAACCACCCCAUCGUAUCAAGCAGUGGUUUGUCCUAAAACAAAAAUAUUUGUUGGAAAAAUAGUUCGUCGUGUCGAAACGAUCUUUUCAUCUGACGAAAAGACCCCCAAAAAACCUUGUUACUUUGCAGAUUAGUACUACGGGCUCCCAGUCCCCACUUGGGGUUGGAUCCAUUCUGAUUUCACGCCAAAUUAUCAACGAAACAACGAAAUACAUUUGCAAAAGUCCUAACCGAUGUUCUGUCGUUGGUGUCUCUAGCGAUGCAUCGUCUGCUCAAAACUCUCAUGGCCAAUAUGCUACCUUCAGGAGCACAGUUAAGAUGCUCCCUUUAUGAGGGUAGAUUAGUAUCAGUUAAUAUGCUCCCUUAUAUACAACGGCUUGAGUUUGGGACCCUAUUAGACGAUGCAUGGCUGGAGAGACCCAUCGCAGAACACUGUGUGUACUGUUACUCCAACAUCACAAUGUAAGGGCAACCCAGAGGUAAAAUACUACGCGCUUGCACUGGCAAGGCAUUUCUGAUUCGAGUUCGAGGCGUUAUCCCAAAAGCAGAUUUGUUUUGUAAAAAAAACGAAAUUUUCUAAAAUGCAUUUACCUGAUAGUUGUAUGUAAAUAACCGAAAAUAAUAAA